AUGCCGGGCGAAAACAUCGACAGACCUAACCCGCAGCCACUGCCAUCGCAUAUCCCGGAUUCAAUUAAUGAGCUUCAAGUCAAACUCCAGAAUACAUGUCUAGAUCAGUCGGCAUGUGAUUCUUUGUAUAAAUUCCGGAGAGCAGCGGCCUAUAUCGCUGCAGCGAUGAUCUUUCUCCAGGAUAACACACUCUUGAAGCGGGAUAUAAAACAUGAAGACAUCAAGCCUAGACUAUUGGGUCACUGGGGAACAUGUCCCGGGCUGAUCCUCGUCUAUUCUCACCUAAACUAUCUGAUUAAGCAACUUGACCUUGAUAUGCUCUACGUUGUUGGACCCGGACAUGGUGCACCGGGUAUCUUGUCUUGUCUCUGGUUAGAAGGUUCCCUGGGACGAUUCUAUCCACACUACGCGAGAGAUAAGGAUGGCUUGCAUAACCUUAUCUCAACCUUUAGCACGACUGCUGGGUUACCAAGUCAUAUCAACGCGGAGACUCCCGGAGCCAUCCAUGAAGGAGGUGAACUGGGAUACGCCUUGUCUGUCUCCUUUGGUGCAGUCAUGGAUAACCCCAACCUCAUCGUCACCUGUGUAGUCGGUGAUGGCGAGGCAGAGACUGGACCAACUGCCACCUCAUGGCACGGAAUCAAGUACAUCGACCCUGCAGAAUCAGGAGCUGUGCUGCCCAUCCUGCAUCUGAACGGCUUCAAAAUCAGCGAGCGAACCAUCUUCGGCUGCAUGGAUGACAAGGAAAUAACCGCCCUCUUCACCGGAUACGGAUAUCAGGUACGCAUUGUCGAGAAUCUGGAGGACAUCGAUACAGAUCUUCACUGCUCUAUGCGCUGGGCGGUUGAAGAAAUUCGCAAGAUCCAGAAUGCUGCGCGCUCGGGGCAGCCAAUUAUGAAACCCAGAUGGCCGAUUAUCAUCUUGCGGACACCAAAGGGCUGGUCGGGACCUAAGGAGCUGCAUGGGAAGUUUAUCGAGGGAUCGUUCCAUUCGCACCAAGUUCCUCUUCCCAACGUCCGUAAGGAUAAGGAGGAGCUCAAUGCUCUGCAAGUCUGGCUUCAAAACUACAAGCCUGAGGAACUCUUUACGGGGAACGGCGAUGUGAUUGACGAGAUCAAAUCCGUCAUCCCAACUAGUGACUCGAAGAAGCUCGGGCAGCGCUUCGAAGCUUACAAGGGCUAUGUGACUCCAAACCUCCCGGACUGGACACAAUUCGGUGUACAGAAGGGCACACAGGAAAGUGCCAUGAAGACCAUUGGAAAGUUGAUCGACAAGGUCUUCGUGCAGAACCCUCACAGUGUCCGGCUCUUCUCACCAGACGAACUGGAAAGCAACAAGUUGGAUGCUGCCUUGGCACACUCGGGCCGGAAUUUUCAAUGGGACGAGUUUUCGAAUGCCAAGGGUGGUCGUGUUAUUGAAGUUCUUAGUGAGCAUAUGUGCCAGGGUUUCAUGCAGGGGUACACUUUGACUGGACGCAUUGGUAUCUUCCCUUCGUAUGAGAGCUUCCUUGGUAUUGUUCAUACGAUGAUGGUGCAAUAUGCCAAGUUUAUGAAGAUGGCCCAAGAGACAAAAUGGCACCAAGGCGUGGCUAGCAUCAACUAUAUUGAAACCAGUACCUGGACUCGGCAGGAACACAAUGGAUUCUCCCACCAGAACCCUUCUUUCAUUGGCGCUGUGCUCAAACUGAAGCCCAUUGCUGCUCGUGUCUAUCUGCCACCCGACGCCAACACCUUCCUGUCGACACUUCACCAUUGUCUGAAAUCCAAGAACUACAUUAACCUCAUGGUUGGUGCGAAGCAACCAACUCCCGUGUACUUGACACCCGAAGAGGCAGAGAACCACUGUCGUGCCGGUGCAUCGAUCUGGAAAUUCUGCAGCACGGACAGCGGUCUCCGACCAGACGUUGUUCUUGUGGGAAUUGGUGUCGAAGUGAUGUUCGAGGUAAUCUACGCAGCAGCCAUCCUCCGCAAAAGAAUUCCCGAGCUGCGCGUCCGGGUAAUCAACGUGACAGAUUUGAUGAUUCUGGACAACGAAGGCGCUCACCCUCACGCUCUUUCCAACGAGGCAUUUGAUAACAUGUUCACUGAAGACAAGAACAUCCACUUCAACUACCACGGUUAUCCAUCAGAACUGGAGGGACUUCUCUUCGGACGACCGCACAUUGACCGGGCAACUAUCGACGGCUACAUGGAGGAAGGAAGCACCACGACACCGUUCGACAUGAUGCUUGCGAAUCACACGUCUAGAUUCCAUGUGGCAAAGGCUGCCCUUCGCGGCGCUGCGAAGUGGAAUGAGCAUGCUCAACUUAUGCAUCAUGAAUUGGCUACCCAGUUGGAUCAGGAGAUCACUGAUACCAAGAAGUAUAUUCUUGCAAACCGGCAAGAUCCUGAGGAAAUGUAUGACAUGCCGUCUUUCGAUUAG